ACAUUUAUCGGUUGCUAGGAGAGGAAUAUAUAACAACUAUUAAACUAAACGUUUUUUCCUGGAGCCAUGGAGCAAAAAGGUUCUUUACACCUCCGAUCUGACCAGUCCAAUUAUGGAAGAGCAGUUAUGGUAUCCAAUUGGCAUCAAGUCAGAGAGCAGGAGCCCAAAGAUUAUAACAUAAGUUUGGGAGAUGAACGAAACUUAAAAUUAGGAACGUAUAAAAGAUUAGGAAGCCUUCAAGGAGAUGUUAUUCCAAAUACAACUUACCAAGAUCAGUGCGAACAGUUGAAAUUGAAAUCCAAGUUUAGUGAUCAACAGAAUAGACAGCCAAUGGUAAAUGAGCACAACGUUCAUAGAAUGAACCAAACACUUCAAAGUGAAAGUUUACCGAGACACAGCGAGGGACAUAAUAAGACUCAUUGGGAAACAACGCAUUUAACUGAUUUUAAAUCUCCUCAUCCUUUUGCGACCUGUAAAGAUAGCCAAGAAAAAUGUGAUAGUACAGCAGAGUCUCGAGAUGUCUUAAAUACUCUAGCUCGUAAACGUUGCAUAUCUCAAUUUACAGAUGUAACAAAUCAUAGACGAACUGGAAGAAACACUUGGCACGAUGAAUCCGGUGUGUAUGCUAACGCAAAAAUAAAAGAACAGAUGUUGUCAAGUGAAAGAAAUCCUAUUCUGGCUGCUUAUCAGAAUUAA